CCAAGGGAUGAGCUGGGUCCUCCUUCCCAAUGGCAUCUCCCCCUGGACUGGAACUGAAGACACUGAGUAGUGGUUCCCAGGUCCCAAGGAGAGCAGCUCCUUUGGGCCCAGCAGCCCCUCCCAGGGUGGGCGUGGAUAAUGCUUGCUUCUUGGAGGAGGAGUAUGAGACCCAUUUCCAGAACCCCGGGGAUGCCAGACUGGGUGGCUCUCCCAGUCCCCCUGGUGGUGUGCCUCAGUCUCAGCGGGACGAUCUGUCCCUACGUUCAGAGGAGGGGCCGGGUCUGGAGCCUGUGAGCCGCCCAGUGGAUUAUGGCUUCGUUUCUGCCCUAGUUUUCCUAGUGAGUGGGAUUCUCCUGGUGGUGACAGCGUAUGCCAUCCCCCGAGAGGCCCGCGUCAACCCGGACACAGUGACAGCAAGGGAGAUGGAACGCCUAGAAAUGUACUACGCCCGCCUAGGAUCCCACCUGGACAAGUGUAUCAUCGCGGGCCUGGGGCUGCUCACGGUGGGCGGCAUGCUCUUGUCGGUGCUGCUCAUGGUCUCUCUCUGCAAGGGGGAGCUGUACCGCCGGCGGACCUUCGUCCCUGGCAGGGGCUCCAGGAAGACCUAUGGCUCUAUUAACCUGCGCAUGAGACAACUCACUGGGGAUGGGGUCCAGGCCCUGGUGGAGAAUGAGGUUGUCCAGGUCUCAGAGACCAGCCACCCACUCCAGGGCUCUUAA